AUGGCGCUAGGGACCCUCGUCGCGGCGUACGCGAAGCGAGGCGGCCGACCGCCGACGCGGAGGGCCGCGCUCGCGGCGAUCGCCGCGCUCGCGGUCGUGGAGUUCACGUGGCUGAUGCGACGGCGGGCGGAUGAUCGCGUUGUAGCGGACGCGGACGCGGCGCGCGUCGCGGGCGCGCCGUCGCGGGCGGGCGCGGCACGGGCAGUGGGCGCCGCGGGGAAGGCGGGGGCGAUGACGCGCGACGGCGGGGGAGACAGGUGCGGUCGAGCGGGAGGCGCGGGGGGAGCGUCGGGGUGCGAUUCGUCGUCGUCGUCGUCGUCGUCGAACGCGACGGACGGCGCGGGGAAGCGACGGCGCGGGAGCGAUCGCGCGAGCGUCGCGUCCUCGCCGCCGCGCGCCUUCGCAUCCGCAUCGGACGCGAUCGUCGACUGGUGGGCGGGAGAGGGCGGAAAACACCCGUUGUCGGUGUCUUCGCCGGCAGCGGCGGCGGUGGGUCUGGCGGGGUGUUGUGGAGGACAACGCGCGCCUUCAAGUCGUCUCGCGACGUCGUCGCGUGUACAUCGUAGCGUCGUGGUAGAGUCUCGAGACGCGUGA